CUGGGGUGGGAGAGGGAGAGUGGGACCGUGGGAGAGAGAGUUUUAGUGUUGGUGAGAAGGUGGGAGGGAGAGGAGGAAGAUCUAGCCAGCUACAGUCCUCAGUUCUCCAGUAUAAUGUUGAGGUUGUCUUCUCGUCUGGCUCCUCGCACCACAGCUAAGGUAGUGCGAGUUGGUGGUGCCAGACGACCACAAUCGUCAUACUCGAGCCGAGGAGGUGGCGGCAGCAAGGCCCUAUUGGCAGCAGCCGGUACAACUACGCUUGUGGCUGGUGUAGUUGGCUAUUCUGCUUGGAGCAAUGACAACAGAAAGGCUGUUGAGAACAUCAUUCCUGGAUCCAGGCAUCUCCUGAAUGUUAUUCUUGGCCCAGAGCAAGAGACUGUUUCCCCUAAGAUUCCUAAACCAGAAAUUGGAUUGUUGAAGAAGAAGCUUGAACGUGAAAAGAAGAAAACUGAGGAGAAGGCAGCCUCAGCCAGCAUAGCUAGCAAUGAAGGCAGCAAGACAGAUGAGUAUGGAUUGGACACAACUGUCAUUACAGGAGGAGAGCCGUCCCUUGAGCCUUUCCCAGCUACGCCUUUGGACAAACCAGCAGUUUCAAAUUUUGGAGAGAGAAUAGCUUCAGAAGUAGCAGCUCAGGAUACAGAAAAUGCUGCACUUUGUCAAGCCUUGGAGGAUCUGGCAUCAGUAGCACAAAAAGACAUCACCGCUGCACUUUCUGCUGCUGAGGAUGCGGCCAUAAUAAUCAGGCAACAUGCCGAGAAGGCAUACCAAGCCAUUGACUCAGGGCAAGAUAAAGAGUUACUUUUUGCUGCCGUCGCUGAGCUGUCUAACAAGAAAGCAGAAGUAAUGACAAUUGCCCAACAGAAGAUAUCAGCAGCUGGUGAGGCUGUUACGAAAUUAGAAGAGCAGAUUGCCAGUGGUCUUUCCUCAAGCUUGACCAAGGAGAAUAAGAAUCUGAUUACUGCAGAGGAGGCUGUUGGAGAACUGAAAUAUGCUUUGGAAAACAUUAAAAACAUUGUGACAGAUUCUGAGAGGGAUAGCAAAGUUGUCAGUGAUUAUCGGGAUCUUAUUGAAGCUGGCCGGGAGGAAUUUGAAGCAGAGGUUCGAUCACUUUUACCCGAAGUGAAAUUGGGCGAGACGAGUGACAAAUUAACACCAGAUGAAUUAAAUCUUCUCAUUGCCCACGCCCAUCGUAAGGUUCUUCAGCUGCAAAAGCAAGUUGCUAGUCAACAGACGUUGGAACAUGACCGGUUUAAAGAAGCUCUAAGCAAUCAACGUGAAGAGGACAUGAAGUUAUUGGAAGCAAAAAUAGAUGCUGAAUUAGACAGGCAAAAGCAGAAGUUGGAAGUUGAAUACAAACGCAAGAUGGCACAUCUUCGUGAAGACCUUGAAGGAGAACUACGGAUCCAGCUGAAGCGUCAAGCAGCUGCCCACAGUGACCAUUUGGCUGAUGUAUUAUAUGUACAAGAAAAAGAAUUAGAGACCAAAUGGUCUGAACUCCUGCAGGACCAGCUUCAGUCAGAAAAGGAUAGAUAUCUGACACGUGUUGCCAGGAUGCAGGGACAGCUAGAUGGCCUCAAGAAUGCACUGUCAGCCCGAGCUGAUGUUGAUAAAGCUGCUUAUGCUGCUCGUGAGCUAUGGCUGGCAUGUGAGGCCUUACGAAGUGCACUGAGACUUGGAACUGAUGGUGCUAAAUCAUGGGAGGAACAGCUCAGACCUCUUAGUGAACAAAUAUCAGCAAUCAAGGCAGCAACAGGCAAUGGUAAUCCUUACGUUGGUGCAGUGUUGAGUGCUGUGUCUGAAGAGGCUCAGACCCGUGGAGUGUACACAGAAGAAGCCUUGAGAGAACGCUUUAUAAAGGUUGAAAGAAUUUGUAAGCGUGUAUCUAUGAUAGGCGAUAAUGGUGGUUCUCUAAUUACGUAUCUUCUCUCAUUCAUACAGAGUUUUUUGGUCCUAAAUGCCUUUGAAUACUUGCCUGGCACUGAAGUUCGUAAUGAAGAGAUUGCAGUUGACACCCUCUCCACCUAUGAUAUCUUAGCCAGAGCCAGAUAUUGCCUUGACAAGGAUGAUCUGUCUCUAAGCGUUCGUUACAUGAAUCUACUCCGUGGGGAACCUCGCAAUGUUGCCACAAGUUGGUUAAAGGAAGCCAGACUAACUCUUGAAACACGUCAAGCUGCCGAUGCUCUUUUGGCUCAUGCUGCUGCUACUGCCGUUAAGGCUCUGUAAAGCAUUUGGAUUCAACAACUAGCAAGUUACUGCCUCCAAACCUGGCAUCUGGAAGCAGUCUCACAUUCUCUAAAACAACAAAUUUACUAUAGUAAUAUGAAUUAAUCUCAUUUAUUAAGAAAAAAUCAUAAUAUACGGUACUAAGUAUUUUCUUCACAUCUUGUAUGAAUUUUUUGCUGGGGCUUCUAAUUGAUUAAUAAUAUAGGUUUUGUCAUGUUUACCCAAGAAGAGGGAAGAUUUUUACCCCGUGGAACAAAUGCCAUAAAAAGCGAUGUGAUGAAUAUGAGCUCCAUUAUUUGCAAAUGCAAUAUGAGGAGUAUAGGGAUUGAUAAACAUUUACUCUUAUUUUAGCAUUGAAAUUUGUCAAUAAAUAUCCGCUUCAAAUUCAAAACUAACUUGACUAUUUGUGUGUGAAAGCUUUGGGUAGGAUUGAAGUAAUAUGCUAACUGAAAUUCACAAAUGGCCUGAACGAUUCACUUUUAAAAUUGAAAGUAAUGUGGAUAUUUCUGGUCGGGAGUUCGGUUCACCACAUUCCUUAAUAUAUAACUAAAGUACUGUAAUAUGUUCCUUGCAGAUCAGAACAGGCAGAAAUAACAUGAAGCUUUUUAGUGAAAUUAAGUAAUGUGUUAAGUGGUAUAUUGGGGCAAAUCUUAAAUAUCGGAAUAACUUUGAUUAUUUGUAAUAUAAGACAGAAUUGUGGUUGUUGAUUAUCCAGUAGUAAAACAGUCUCUAUCACUUAUUUCGAGUCUCUGUUUACUCAUGUUACACAAAGUAUCAUUAGUCAGACUCACAAUAUGUACAUAUUGUUUAUACUGUGUAAAGGAUCUUACUUUGGGAAAUGAAAUUAUACCAAUA